CAGACACUUCCAACGCGGCAAUUGAAUACUCUUAUCGCAAUUGCGCAGGAAACGAAACUGCGUUAUCAACUGAUAAGUUCCUAGAAUGCUUGUUCAAACACGGUUUCAUUUGUCGUGUAAGUCUGCCAAACGUACAUCGUAAAAAACUUAAAACAAGAAUUUCAAACAAUUAAAUACCCACAGACCAAAUAAACAAUGAGCUGGUGUAAGUAUAUGUGUUGUUGGAAGACUACAGACCGCCCGAGAAGCAAAGGUGACACACUAAAGAACAUUGUCAAUCGUCGUUAUGCCGAGCAGAAUGCGUAUUCCAUUCUGAAACCGACUAUGAAUCGAAGUCACGAAGACGAAGAGUUUCAUAACGUUAGAUAUUUCAGAACUAAUUGUAAUUUCAUUGGUGUCGACCCAACGGAGUUGACAUUUGUCACAGGUGAUGUUAUUGAAGUGGACGAGGCGUACGAGCAUCGAUAUCUUCAUCGUGCGAGACAUGUGAGGAAUGGAUUGGUUGGAUAUGUAUCGAAAGCACUUUUAGAAGAUGUGCCAAUUGUUGAAUUACAACCUUGGUAUUUCCAUAACAUAACACGCCCUGUAGCUCGAUAUCUUCUCUUGAAUUCCCCGCGUGUGGGGACAUUCCUGGUGCGCAAAUCCAGCUCGAAGGGACAAGCGUAUUCCUUGUCGAUACGUUCUGAGGACAAUGGGAAGCCAACUGUCAUGCAUUAUCAGAUUCGUAGCAAUAUCAAUGGGUAUUAUAUUAGUGAAGGAUGUCAUGUUAAAUAUUUGGAUGGAUUAAUUAAAUUGUAUACAGAUGACAUUCAUGGAUAUUUACGUCUGAAUCCACGCUUGAGGACACCGUGUGUCAGAGAGGAACACUUCAGAAUACCUCUGAGCGAAUUAGACACGUUACUAUAAGGUGAUUAUGCGUGUUUCUUAAUUUAUUUUAUCAGAAUUAAAGACUUAAAGACUGUUUAUGUGUAGGAAUAAAUUUUAACAAUUAAUUUCUUGUAUUUUCUUAUAAAAAAAAACUAUGAAAAUUAGUUUUAAAGUGUUUUUAAGUAUAUUAAUAAAUAAAUUGGUUCCUGUAAUGAA